AUGGCCUCCAGCUCGAGAGACGACCGUGCGGGAGCUGCAGCGCCGCGCCCGCGCAUCGUCCUCCUCCCGAGCGCCGGCAUGGGCCACCUGGCGCCCUUCAGCCGUCUCGCCGCCGCCCUUUCCUCUGGCCACGCCUGCGACGUCUCCCUCGUGACGGUCCUCCCCACCGUCUCGUCCGCCGAGUCCGGCCAGCUCGACGCGCUCUUCGCCGCGUUCCCGGCCGUCCGCAGGCUCGACUUCCACCUCCCGCCGCUCGACGCGCCCGAGCUCUCCGGUGCCGACCCGUUCUACGUGCACUACGAGGCCACGCGCCGUUCCGCGCGUCUCCUCGCCCCGCUCCUCGCCGCCGCCGACGCGUCCGCGCUCAUCGCCGACAUCUCGCUGGCCUCCGUGCUGAUCCCCGUGGCCAGCGAGCUCCGCCUCCCGUGCUACGUCUUCUUCACCGCGUCCGCCACCAUGUUCUCCUUCUACGCCUACUACCCCACCUACUUGGACGCCACGGGAGCCGGCGACGCCGACGUCCCCGGGGUGUACCGCAUCCCGAAGUCUUCCUUCCCGCAGGCUCUGCACGACCGUAACAACCUCUUCACUCAGCAGUUCGUCGCCAACGGCCGGAGCCUGUCGAAAGCCGACGGCCUCCUCAUCAACACGUUCGACGACUUGGAGCCGGAGGCCGUGACGGCGCUGCGACAGGGCUCGGUUGUCCCUGGCUUCCCGCCGGUGUUUACCGUCGGGCCGCUCAGCCCGGUGAGCUUCCCGGCGAGGGCAUCCUCUGACUACUCGGCAUGGCUCGACGCGCAGCCGGAGCGGUCGGUGGUGUACGUCAGCUUCGGCAGCCGGAAGGCCUUAGCCCGGGACCAGCUCAGCGAGCUCGCCGACGGUCUUGAAGCGAGCGGUUGCCGGUUCUUGUGGGUGGUGAAGGGCGCCGUCGUGGACAAAGACGACGGCGCCGAGCUCAGCGAGCUGCUCGGCGAAGGAUUCUUGCAGCGGGUGAGCGGCCGCGCACUCGUGACCAAGGCGUGGGUGGAGCAAGGGGAGGUCCUGAAGCACCCGGCCAUCGGAAUGUUCGUCAGCCACUGCGGCUGGAACUCGUUGACCGAGGCGUUUGCGACCGGCGUGCCGGUGCUGGCGUGGCCGAGGUUCGCCGACCAGCGGGUGAACGCCGGCAUUGUGGCGCGCUGUGGGGCCGGCGUCUGGGUCGAGCGGUGGAGCUGGGAGGGGGACGAUGGGGUGGUGAAGGGGGAGGAGAUCGCGGAGAAGGUGAAAUCAGUGAUGGCAGACGAGAUGUUGAGGAGGAGUUCUACGGUGGUCCGCGAGGCCGCGACGACGGCCGUGGCUGGUGGCGGGACGAGCUACCGGAGCUUGGCGGAGCUUGUGGCACGCUGCUGUCAUGGUAGUGCCUUACAGUAA